AGGCAAUAUGCGGUCUUGCUAUGUCCAUUGACUAGACACGACAUAGCAAGCGGGUGGUUGGUGUGUGAUACUAUUUUGUCACGGCAAUUUAGUAUGGUAGGGGGAACUAAGUGAUAAUUUGUUAUGCGAUCCUGGUGACCUGGUGAUCUAAUAACUCGCAGUGAUGUUAUUAUAAUAUUAUGUAUACUCCGGCCCACGAGAGUCCAUACAUAAACACUAAAACGCGCAUCGACACUGACGUACGCGACAUCUGCCGACUGAAUUUUCUCCCACCAUAGGGCCAUUCCCACCACUCGGCAACGUGAAUACAGCGGCUCAUAAAAACACAGCUAAUUAAUUGCGUUUUCGGGGUGUUAUAUGAUUCUCCAUAUUGAAUAACAAAAAACUCGCGAAAAAAAUCGUAAAAAAAUACGUUAUAAACUUGUAACGUAAACGACACGAAAAACCAGUUAUAAAAACGAAUCAGUCGAAUUUCGUAAACGUGUCUACUGCUAUCGCUACGUAUACACGAAUGUCAACGACGCCCGUCGGCGAUCUUUGCCGACCGGCUUCCGAUCGGUAAGAUUCGGCGCAUGGAAGAGGAACCGAUGCGCAGCGACGGACGCGUUUUUACGUAUGGACUCUCGUGGGCCGUAGUAUCAUAGCGCUCUAAUCGCAUAGUUCCCCCCACCACAAAAUUUACCGUGAAAUUUCCGGAUCAAGAUUUUAGCCAACGUGUCCAGUCAAUAAUAUCGUGACUACAACUGUAACUGCCUACUGUUGUUGUUGUAUAGUUGUUUGUUUGCAGCUGCUGUAGAACGGUCAGGUUGUUUUUUUUAAAUUGUUUUAACUUCGUGCGACAUCCGACAUCUUACGUUCUUACUUAACGCUUUACUGACUACGGGCUUAGCUUAAACCGUGUUUUUAUUUUCUUUGCCUAUGAUCGUGUCGACGAUCAUACGUCGAUUGCCAAUAAUAUUUUUACCAUUGGACAUAAUUAUUUCUCGUCAGUUGUUAAUUUAUUCUUACAGUCGACGCGGGCGUUUCAUCGUUAACUAUUGAUAACUGUUUUGAGUGGCCAUUUCGUGUAUUCGUUUAUUGUACGAGUGUAACUACUCUACUGUACGUUUGGGCGGACAGCCACGAUGGAGAACGAGAGAACGUACGAAUUACCUAGCUUGUUGAAAACGGCGUACUACGCUUGCAAUGAGAUCGAGCGUGACAGUUUUGACUCACUGGAGGUACCGGACAUCGAUAUGCGACAUUGUUGCGAGUCCUUGUUCGAAAUAUUUAAAAUCGACAAAAAACGAAACGAGAAUAACGAAAGGCGGACAAUGUUCAGCAGGUUGCAGUUCUCCAUCAACGACAAGAAGUUUAAAAACAUAUGCGAGCAGGCAGCGUCCAAUGGCCACCUGAAUUGUAUGAAACUCGCUCGCGAGAUCGGUAUCCCUUGGGACGAAAUGUCCAGAGGGAACGAUAAGGCAUGUGACCGGGCUGCCAGGUCGGGAUAUCUGGAGUGCCUAAUAUACGCCCGGGAAAACGGGUGUCCAUGGGACCAGUCAACAUGUAUCAACGCCGCGAUAGGUGGACAUUUGGACUGUUUGGUAUACGCCCGGGAAAACGGGUGCCCGUGGAAUGUAGAAACAUGCGGAAACGCCGCGCUGUACGGUCACUUGGACUGCCUUGUUUACGCACGGGAAAACGGGUGCCCUUGGGACGAGCGGACAUGCAACAACGCCGCGUUAAACGGACACAUGGACUGCCUAGUUUACGCACAUGUAAAAGGGUGCCCUUGGGACAAGCGGACAUGCGAACACGCCGCGUGGAACGGCCACAAGGACUGCCUGGCUUACGCACGGGAAAACGGGUGCCCUUGGGACGAGGGGACAUGCGAACACGCCGCGUGGAACGGCCACAAGGACUGCCUGGCUUACGCACGGGAAAACGGGUGUUCUUGGAACGAGAAGACGUGCAAAUUUGCCGCGAGAAACGGCCAAAAGGACUGCCUCGUUUACGCACGAGAAAAUGGGUGCCCAUGGGACGAGCGGACAUGCGAACACGCCGCGUGGAACGGCCACAAAGACUGCCUGGCUUACGCACGGGAAAACGGGUGCCCAUGGGACGCGGACACGUGCAGCGAAGCUGCGUUAAAUGGCCACAUGGACUGCCUGGUAUACGCACGGGAAAACGGGUGUCCAUGGGACGUGGACACGUGCAGCGAAGCUGCGUUAAAUGGCCACAUGGACUGCCUGGUAUACGCACGGGAAAACGGGUGCCCAUGGGACGCGAUCACGUGCAGCAAGGCCGCAGAAAACGGUCACAUGGACUGCCUGGUAUACGCACGGGAAAACGGGUGUCCAUGGGACGCGGACACGUGCAUCGCAGCUGCAUUUAAUGGUCACAUGGACUGCCUGGUAUACGCACAGGAAAACGGGUGCCCAUGGGACGCGGCCACGUGCACUCACGCUGCGUUCAAUGGUCACAUGGACUGCCUGGUAUACGCACGGGAAAACGGGUGCCCAUGGGACGCGGUCACGUGCAUCGCAGCUGCAUUUAAUGGUCACAUGGACUGCCUGGUAUACGCACAGGAAAACGGGUGCCCAUGGGACGCGGCCACGUGCACUCACGCUGCGUUAAAUGGUCACAUGGACGGCCUGGUAUAUGCACGGGAAAACGGGUGCCCAUGGGACGCGGUCACGUGCAUCGCAGCUGCAUUUAAUGGUCACAUUGACUGCCUGGUAUACGCACGGGAAAACGGGUGCCCAUGGGACGCGGUCACGUGCAUCGCAGCUGCAUUUAAUGGUCACAUUGACUGCCUGGUAUACGCACGGGAAAACGGGUGUCCAUGGGACGCGGACACGUGCAGCGAAGCUGUGUUCAAUGGUCACAUGGACGGCCUGGUAUAUGCACGGGAAAACGGGUGCCCAUGGGACGCGGUCACGUGCAUCGCAGCUGCAUUUAAUGGUCACAUGGACUGCCUGGUUUACGCAAGUGAAAACGGGUGCCCAUGGGACGCGAUCACGUGCAGCAAGGCCGCAGAAAACGGUCACAUUGACUGCCUGGUAUACGCACGGGAAAACGGGUGUCCAUGGGACGAGCGGACGUGCAGCAAGGCCGCAGAAAACGGUCACAUGGACUGCCUGGUAUACGCACGGGAAAAUGGGUGUCCAUGGGACGAGCGGACGUGCAGCAAGGCCGCAGAAAACGGUCACAUGGAUUGCCUGGUAUACGCACGGGAAAAUGGGUGCCCAUGGGACGAGCGGACGUGCACCAAGGCCGCAGAAAACGGUCAAAUGGACUGCUUGACAUACGCACGAGAAAACGGUUGCCCCAUAGGUGAAACAGGUCUGCACAACGAAAACUGAAGUAAUAUUUUAUCACCAAUGUUUUUAUACUCAUCGUCUACAUUUUUAUUAUGAUGUUAUGAUACGAGUUCUUUGCGUUUACUACACAUCAUUGUAUAUUCUGCCAAAGACC